CACGGGAGCAACACUGUCAAGCAUGAUCAAAUACUACAAAGCCGGUUACGCUGCCAUACGUAGGCACUGGGACCGCUUUCAUGGUCAUGUCCAAUCGGUGGGACCGAUGAAACCGAGGGAGCUUUUCCGGAUGUCCAGUGUUUUACGAGGAUCCGUUAUUGAUGUACAUUAUUACAAUCUGUUCGAAGACAAGUUUAACAACUUGACGGUCCAACAGAACACUGAUUUUAUAUACCACAACCGGUCCUUGCAGCUGAAUCAACGCACAACAUCUAAUGGUUCUCUCACAUUUGUUGGUGAAUGGGGGCGGAGUGGGAUGUUAAUGGAGCUACUAAAGAGGAUUAUCAACGGUUGCGAAGGCUGAAUUGGAGGGUAUGGGAGGGCCACUUUGGUUGGGCUUAUUGGACUCUCAGGAACGUUAAACAAACAUUGGGCCUGGAUUGGAUGAUUCGCAAUGCCUACAUCAAGCUGGACUAGAUUUUUAUUAUCGUUAAGGUGGGUAACAAACAAUAACACUUAUCAUUGAUGUAGCACCACACCCUUCGAAUAUCGACAAACUGCCACUAGGCAUUGAAGAGAAACGUAGCUCAAAAGCC